AUUUUAUUAUGGGAUCUGGAAACAGGAAAGUUAACGAAAACAUAUGAUGGUGAUCCAGCCGACACAUGGACUGUUGCAUUCUCUCCUGAUUCACGUUUCCUAGCUACUGGAAGUCAUACAGGCUGUGUAAACAUGAUUAAUGUUGAAACUGCUCAGAAAGAGGGUUCAAUUCAAUUAGAAGGAAAAUUCGUAUAUAGUCUUGCUUAU